AUAGUAAAAAAAGAAGAAGCAGAUUGUUUUGAUGCUUAAUUUGUAAUAUUGUGCGAAUUGUGUUUGUUAUUGACGCUUUUAAUGGAAUAAUCAAUACGAAAAUGAUUUGCCGUCUGUGCCUGAAUAGCGCCAACGACACAAUUCAAAUAUUUGAAGGCGUCGGCUUGUCCCUGAAUGUUGCCACAGUGCUGGCCAAAUAUUUCUGGUUCGAGCCAAAAUGUGAUGAUCCCAUAUCGACGGACAUCUGCGUGGGCUGCUGGACGCGCGUCAGCGAUUUUAAUGAGUUUUACGCAAGUGUGGAGAAGGCGCACCGCCUGCUCACUGAAAGGUUCUCAGUGAAGGUGGGCGAGCAGUCGGAGAGAGAGGAGAAACUCAAUCCACGGAGCAACAAUGGCGACCAGAAGCAGGAAGAGCAAGAGAAGCAAGAGGAUUCGAAAGAUUUUCUCAUGCACAGCGAAUGCGCUGCCGAUGCCGACGUCGAAGACGAUUUGGCAAAUGACGAACAAAUGCCAGCGGUGGAGGCUUUAUAUGCGAGUGGAAACGAGAGCGAUGCAGCUGCAUCGUUUAGCAAUGAGCAGUUUCUGAACGAUGUGCUGGCCCAGCAGGGAGAACCAGCUGGCGAUGGCAAUGGCGAAGCCGAGGCUGAUGCGGCAGAAGUGCCGAGCACAGAAACAGUGCCGCAAGAACGUCGUGAAACCCGCUCCACACGCUCCAAGAGCAAAGCCCAAGUGACAGAAGCUGCUACUGCUGCAGCAGCUGCUGCUGCUGCGGCUACUGCAGCGGAGCAGUCGACGCCUGCGAAACGUCGUGGCCGAUCGAAAGCCGAAAAAGCGAGCCCCAAUGCCGUGGAGGAAUCGCCGAAGAACAAACGCUAUGUGGAUUAUAAGAAAUCGAUGCUGGAAAUUGAUGAGAAAAUCGCCCAACAUAUGCGCCUCACCUGCAGCAUUUGCCACGAGGGCCAGGAGACAUUCCUGACGCUCUGCAAGCACAUGAUGAUGGUGCAUCAUCGCAAGGGCUAUGCCGUCUGCUGCAACAAGAAGUUCUACAAACGUUCCUUUCUCACCGAUCACAUCGAUCGCCACUCAAAUCCCGAGAAAUUCAAAUGCGAGCUGUGCGAUCGCACCUUUGCGGAUAAACAAUGUCUGCGCAAUCACGAGCUGCUGAAGCACCAGCCGGACGAGCAAAAGAAAUUCAUGUGCGAGCACUGUCCGAAGCGCUAUACGAAGCAGUAUUUGCUGGAUCAGCAUAGGAUCAUACACAAGGAGCGCAACGUGCCAUGCGACAUAUGCGAGAGGCGUUUCCCCAACAUGUCGAUGCUGUGCACCCACGUCAAGAUGGUUCACGGCAACUAUGGCAUCAUGUGCGACAUUUGCGCCCAGGUCAUUCGCGGUCGUGCCGCCUUUCAGCGGCAUCAGCUGGAGCAUGCUGGCAUCACGGAGCCGAAGGUGCAGUGCGACAUCUGUGGCUCGUGGCACAAGAAUAAGUAUAGCCUAAAGAAACAUGUGCGCCGGCACAACGGCUCCUCGGAGGAAUGCACCUGCAACAUUUGCGGCAAGGUCUCGCCCAAUCGCAGCGCCAUGCUCAGCCAUCAGCGCUAUGUGCACAAUGCGGAUCGUGUGCAUGGCUGCAGCGUGUGCAAGAAGAAAUUCAAGAAGGCCAUCAAUCUCAAGGAGCACAUGGCCACGCACACGGGCGAGGUGCUCUACAAGUGUCCGCAUUGCCCCAAGACCUUCAAUUCGAAUGCGAACAAGCAUUCGCAUCGCAAGAAGAGCCAUCCCAAGGAGUUUGAGGAGGCGCGCAAAGCGCGCAUACAAAAUCGCAUGGGCGACACGGCAAAGAGUCAGACGACGAGCAUGAUAACCAUAACGACGGACGCCAGCGAUGGCCAGCUGGAGACGCACAAUAUACUGGUGACAACCACCUCGUCACAGCCAGCGGACGAGGACGAGGACUACAAGGGCGAGGACAUUGAGUACAUGCUCACCCUGAGUCCACAGCCAGCGGAGUAACUUAUAAAUGUUGUUUUUUUUUUUUUUUGCUUAUG